GCGCAAUUCUUCGCGUGAAUGUUCGAUGAAUGCAUGAGACGAUAUAUAAAUCGCGAUAAAGAGACGCACCGCACCAGUAGCUAAAGUGCAUCAGAACAGUCAUUGGAAAUUUUGCAAGUGUGUGUUAGCAAUAUGGAGGAGCAAAUUUUGCGAGAGCAAUCCGCUUUGCUUGAUUCAAAAGACUACAUUGAGUGGAAGCAACUAUGCGACAAGUACAUCGAGUUGCUGGAAGAGCUAAUCAAACGACCGCAAUUAUCGAUUGGAAAUCGACACUCACUGAGUGCUCGGAUCGCGUGCCUCAAAGAGUUGAAAAAUUCGGUACGUAGACGUUUCGCGGGUGCCGGAUGUAGCGCGCGUCAAAAUGGACUUGUAUGGCGCGAAAUUGAUACGGCGUUCGAGAGUCGCGUAUCGACUGGUGCGGUGAUAAACUAUAAUCACAUUGAACCGCGCCAAUUUCUCGAUGACGCCAAAGACAUUGUAAUAGAACAUGUGCAGGACGUUAUGAAGAAACAUUAUAAUGUGAAAGUGAACACUAUAUUUAACGGUGAAUUUGUGACUGGAGAUAAACGCGCCAAUGAAAGUGUGGAUACGAGAAACUAUGAACUCUUUCGCACAUCCGAUUUACGCGAGUGGUACGAACGGCGCGUCAUCGAGACCACUCUAGCGUCUCUGGAAGAGUUUCAGGAACGCGAUAGCGGGUGGGCUUUGUCGCGAAUACUGAACUUGACCGUAAAUAUUAACAAGUACAAUCCUUUGCGCGUGGGAUGUCACAUUGAAUUGCCGCGGGAGAUUAUGAUGAAAAGAGCGGUGAUUAACGUACAAUCUGAAGACAAUGCGUGUUUCGCGUGGGCAGUGGUCGCCGCACUAUAUCCCGCCGAAAGGAACGCGAAACGGAAAUCAUCAUACCCGAAUUACGAGACAGUGCUGAAUCUCCAGGACAUUGAGUUUCCAGUGACUCUGAAUCAGAUUAAGAAAUUUGAACAUGCAAAUGACAUUUCUAUAAAUGUGUACAGCAUCGAAGACAAGAACAUUAUUGUCCCGCUACAACCUUCACAGCAGAAGCGGGACAAGCAUGUGAAUCUACUGUACAUUGAAGACAACAACAGCGUAGGACACUUCGCUUGGAUCAAGAAUUUAUCCCGGCUCCUGAGCUCGCAAUUGAGCAAACACAAUGGUCAAAUAUAUAUCUGCGACCGAUGUCUACAUUAUUUUUAUUCAGACGCCAAGUUGCAGUCGCAUACGGUCAACUGCGGAAAGAUGAACGACUGCACUGUCCGAUUGCCGAGCCAUAAGGACAAGUGGCUAUCGUUCAACAACUUUAAUUGGAAGAAGCGGCUUCCAUUCAUCGUGUACGCCGACUUGAAAUGCGUUCUGGCCAAGACGGAAGAAGAACAAUUGUACCAACAUCAUCAAGUAUUUAGUAUAGCUUAUUAUGUACAUUGUUCGUUCGACGAAUCAUUAUCAGCGUAUUAUUCACAUCGUAGCGUCAAUUGUAUAGCAUUGUUCGCAGCAGACCUCAAAAAUUUAGCAAUUCGCGUUAACAAUAUUUUAAAAACAAAUGUUCCCAUAAAUUUAACAUCCGAUGAGUCGGAGAAAUUCCGUAACGCCACUCAAUGUCAUAUAUGCGAAAAACCGUUCGCGCAAGACGAUAAACUAUGUUUUAUUAUUUUGUACGACAAUUGUAUCGACAACGGGCAACCCACCGGAGGAAACUCGACAAGGAAAAGACAUCGAGGAAGAUCCAGCCAAGGAAAAUCAGAAACGAAGCACCCGGCAAUAGCCGACAGCGGAAAGACGAUAAAUGAGACCCGGAAAGUAGCUUCCCCGGAUGUCGCUCCUCCUACGAUCAAGAGGAUGAGGGUCUGCUCACCCCUGAUCCCUACGGGGAAGGACGACAGCAAGAUCUUCAUCGGACCCGUUAUUAGGCCCGCAAUAACCUAA